AUGCGCUCCAUCAGACGUUACCAGAAGUCCACCGAGCUUCUCAUCCGCAAGCUGCCAUUCCAGCGCCUUGUCCGUGAGAUCGCCCAGGACUUCAAGACGGAUCUCCGCUUCCAGUCGUCCGCCGUCAUGGCCCUCCAGGAGUCAGCUGAGGCUUACCUCGUCGGACUUUUCGAGGACACCAACUUGUGCGCCAUUCACGCCAAGCGAGUCACGAUCAUGCCAAAGGACAUCCAGCUGGCCAGACGCAUUCGAGGAGAGCGCGCUUAA